AUGUAUAUUUUAGAAGAACCAAUUUAUUAUCAAAAUAAAGUUAGACCAAACUAUUACAAUAGUAGAGAAAGACAACCACAAAGUUAUGAUGAAUUUUUAUUUGGACAACCACAACCAGCACUCUAUGUUGAAAUUCCAGUUUCAAGAUUGAAUCAAUUCUAUGGAGGUGAUUCUUCUGAUGAGGAAGAUGAAUAUAUGGAUGAGGAUGACUAUGAACAAGAGAGAAUAAAUCAUCUUAGAGAAAAACAAUAUUACCAACAAUUAAGACAAGAAGAGCAGAGAAAGAAACAACAGCAAUUUCAACAAUUUCAACAAUAUCAACAGAGAAAACAAAGAGAACAACAGGAACUAUUGGAGAGAGAGAAAUUGAGAAAAUUAGAAGAUGAACAAAGACAACAACAAAUACUAUUGGAGAGACAAAGAAAACAGAAAUAUCAACAAGAGUUAUUACAGCAAAGACAAAGAGAGCAACAACAAGAAUAUUUAGAGAAACAGAGAAAACAAAGACAACAACAAUUUUUGGAGCAACAAAGAAAACACCAACAACAACAACAAGAACAACAACAAAGACAGCAAAUUCAAUUUGAAGAAAGACAAAGACAAUUAAGAGAGUAUCUUGAGAGACAAAAGGAAGAGAAAUUGAAAGUUGAAAAGAAAUUUAUUCCCAAAUAUCAAAUUUCUGAUUCUGUUGAUGGUUCAGUGUUGAUUUCAGUUGAACUUGCAGGCUUCAAGAAAGAAGAUAUCAAUAUAUCUGUAAAUGGCUUACUUUUAACUGUUUCUGGUACAAAGAGUGAAGAUACAAUCAAUUCUAAAGAGGAUUCUCCAUAUUUCGAAGAGAUUGAUGACCAAGAGAUCGAUUUUAUCAACUCUACCGACUCGCCUAUUCCACUACGAAAUCCAUGGGCUAGUAAACAAACAACUCUUGUAAAACCAAAGCAAAAUGAUAGUUUCAGUUUACCAUUUGAACUUUCAAAGAAUCUUGAUUUGACAACAAUCAAUGCCAAGCAUACUAAUGGAAUGUUGAAUAUUAAAAUCAAUAGAAAACCAACUCAAAAAUCAUUCAGUGUUAAUAUCUUAUAUUAA